AAGAAAGCCAUCAGGAAGCAUGUGCUACCCGAUGGGAAAGUGAAAACACUGGGGCCCAGAAAAAGAGAAUUUGGGGCAACUCAUCAGUGUCCUUCCCAUUCUUCUGUUUGUUUUACGAUCCAUUGCUGAAUUUUUCUGCCAAUUGAGCAAAACUUAUGCAGAGAGAGAUGUUGGGAUUUCUUUUCUUCUGUGUGUGUCUGUUGUUUGGCUUAUGUUCGUGUUGUGGUUUCACUGUCUGGGCGUGGUUCCGCAGCACGAAGAAAAUAGAGACUGCAAUGGGCCAACAGAAGGAGGAGGCUGCUGAAAAAGAGGAUGAUUCAGAAGCAUCAGUCUCUGACUACGAAGUUUUCCUAAGUUUCAGAGGACCAGAUUCUCGGCAGGGCCUCGCCGAUGUCCUCUACAACGACAUGAGAACUGCCGGGAUCCGUGUUUUUAGAGACGACGAUGAGCUUGACACCGGUGAUGAGAUCCGCAAGAUUCUACCGGCUAUCGAGAACUCCAAGAUAUGCGUACCAAUCUUCUCCAGUACCUUUGCUGCCAGUGCGUGGUGCCUCCGAGAAGUUGAAAGAAUGGUCAAGUUCAAGAAAAAGAUCAUGCCUAUUUUCUACACGGCCACACCAGAAGAUGUUAAGCUGGGCACGGAAUUAUUCAAGAAGGAACUGCGGAAGCACGAGAAGAAGCAUGGAAAAGAGCAAGUGAAGAAGUGGGAGGAGGCUCUCAAAGUGGUCGCUAGAAUCAAAGGGCGGGAAGUUAAGGCCACAGGAUUUGCGGAAUUCAGCAUGUUAUUUGUCGGAGCACUUCUGAUCAAGUUGAAGGUAAAAAUAAAAUAUUUGACCGACAACCUAGUUAAAAGAAAUUAUCAUGAAGAGGCUGUAAUGGAACUGUUGGACAUCGACUCAAGUGAUGUACGAAUCAUUGGCAUCCAUGGAAUGGGUGGCAUUGGUAAGACGACUCUUGCCAAGGUCAUCUUCAACCAACUCUCACCUAGAUUCGACUGUUGCAGCUUCCUUGAGAACAUCCAAGAAUCUUUAAGGCGUGAUGGUCUUGAAUACUUGCAAAAGCACUUAGUGGAAGAUCUCGAUCCAAAGUUGAAAAUCUUUCAAAAGAUCGACACAAUCACAAUGCUCCGAGAAAAUUUUCGUAGGAGGAGGGCUCUCAUCGUCCUUGAUGAUGUUAAUCAAAGAAAACAAAUAGAGAUGAUAGUCGGGCUGUUGGGUUGGUUUGGCUCUGGAAGCAGGAUAAUCAUAACGACUAGGGACAGAAGUAUUUUCACCAGAGAAGCUUGUACUCAUGCUAUGGGGGAGAUGGAUCGUGACCAAGCUCUCCUACUUUUCAGUAGACAUGCCUUUGGAGAAGACUCUCCUCCAAGUGACUUCCGAAGUCUUUCAGAGGAAGUUCUAUCUCUUACUGGAGGACUUCCUUUGGCCAUUGAAGUCGUAGGUUCCCUGCUUUGUCAAUGUGACAAGAAGAGAUGGAAAGUGACAAUUGAGCGGCUAAAGAAAGUGCCCAAUCGAGAUGUUCAAGAAAAGCUGAAGAUAAGUUUUGAUGCAUUGGAGUUUCACCAAAAACAGAUAUUUCUUGACAUAGCCUGCUUUUUCAUCAACAAGGAGAGAUCAAAUGCAAUUCUAAUGUGGGAAGCCUGUGACUUUGACCCUGAUUAUGGAAUUGAGGUCCUUGUUUCCAUGUCUUUGGUGAAAAUUACGGAGGACAAUGAAUUUCAAAUGCAUGACCUUAUCAAAGAUCUUGGAAGGGAGCUUGUUCGUGAGGAAUGCUUUGGUGAUCCUGCCAAGCGUAGCAGGAUAUGGUCAAGCAAAGAAGCAAAGGAGCUAUUUAAGAUAAAGCAGGAAAAAGAAAAUGUUGAAGGGCUCUUUGCGGAGAAAUUAUAUGGCGACUGUAUUCUCAAACACGAGCAGUUUUCAGGUUUUCGAAAUCUAAGAUUACUGAAAUUGGUGGGUGCAAAGCUGACAGGUGACUUUGAGAAUCUCCUUCCAAAGUUAAAGUGGUUCACAUGGCAACGAUGUCCUUCCGAUUUCGCUGCGAUCAAUUUAACAUUGGAGAAUUUAGUGGUUCUUGACCUUUCCGAAAGUUCUAUCACUGAAAACUGGGCUGGUUGGAACAUGAUUCAGAAAGCAAAGAAUUUGAAGGCCUUAGACCUCACUGGGUGCUGGGAAUUGACAAGUACACCUGACUUGUCCAACAAUGACGCUUUAGAGAGUCUGAUUCUCAGAGGAUGCCGUAAUUUAGCUGAAAUACACGGCUCCAUCAAUAAGCUGACAAGACUGAAGCAUCUUGAUCUUCAGGGCUGUCCUUCUCUCAGAGGGUUGCCCGAAGAGAUAGGUUCGCUGGAAGAUUUGGAAGAGAUUUUGGUGGACGGGAAUCAUGGAGCUACUUUCCACUUACCAGAAUCAAUUGGUAAUUUACACUCUCUAUCUGUCAUGAAAUUACAUGGGGUGGAAAUUACGAGAAUUCCCGACUCUAUUGGAGGAUUGGUGAAUCUCACGCGCCUCUCUAUGCGCAAGUGUAGUGGCAUGAAGACACUUCCAAACAUAAUCGGAGAUUUGAAAUCACUAGUUGAGUUAGACAUGUCUGGUACAGAUUUGAGUGCAUUGCCUGACUCUGUUGGGGAUUUGGAAUCAUUAGUUGCAUUAGAUCUGGACAACACAGAGUUAAGUGCGUUGCCUGACUCUGUUGGACGACUAAGUAAACUCCAGUGGUUGCUGUUAAGUUCAACGAAGAUAGAGGAGCUUCCUGACUCUCUUUGGGAUUUGGAAUCAUUGGUUGAGUUAGAUCUGUCCGACACAAAUUUAAGUAGGUUGCCUGACUCUGUUGGACGACUAAGUAAACUCCGGUGGUUGCGGUUAAAUUCAACGAACAUAGAGGAGCUUCCUGACUCUCUUGGGGAUUUGAAAUCAUUGGUUAAUUUACAGCUGUCCAACACAAAUUUAAGUGCGUUGCCUGACUCUGUUGGACAACUAAGUAAACUCCGGCAGUUGCGGUUAAAUUCAACGAGGAUAGAGGAGCUUCCUGACUCUCUUGGGGAUUUGGAAUCAUUACUUGAGUUAGAGCUGUCCAACUCAAAUUUAAGUGCGUUGCCUGACUCUGUUGGACGACUAAGUGAACUCCAGUGGUUGCAGUUAAGUUCAACGAAGAUAGAGGAGCUUCCUGACUCUCUUGGGGAUUUGGAAUCAUUAGUUGAGUUACAGCUGUCUGACACAAAUUUAAGUGCAUUGCCUGACUCUGUUGGACGACUAAGUAAACUCCGGUCGUUGUGGUUAAGUUCAACGAAGAUAGAGGAGCUUCCUGACUCUCUUGGGGAUUUGAAAUCGUUGGAAACAUUGGAUCUGAGUUCAUCCAAACUGAGGAUUCUACCAGAUUCUCUGGGAGAGAUGUCUGAAUUAAGGCAGUUGUUGCUGGAUGGACGCAACAUAAGAAAGUUGCCUAGUUCUAUCGGGAAGUUAGCAAGGCUAGAAUAAUUGGAGUUGGGAGGUUUGAGCUUGGAAUGCCUCCCGCAACUCCCAGAUUUCUCCAACUUGAAGAAGCUGCAGAGCAUUGUUUUCGAAGAUUGCUUCGUAAAAGUUGAGCAGCUGGAAGGUCUGCGAGGGUUGCAGGGACUGACAAGUAUGGCUGUAUUGAGUUGCGCGGAGGAGCUGGUCAAGUUCUCCUGUCAGAUAGGAAGUUUGAUCGAGCUGGAUAUUUCUAACAGGGAAUCCCUUGCUGAGUCACCAUUGCUUGAUUUCUCACGCUUGGAAAAUCUCAAGAAGUUACGUCUAAGCUAUUUGAAGGAGCUCACCGAGAUGCACCGCCUAGGAGAACUGGAAUACCUGGCGGAAUUACAUAUCCGGUACUGCAAUUCCCUGGAAAUGAUUGGGAAUCUGUCGGAAUCGAAAAGGCUAAUGGGGAUCUUUAUAAUGGAGUGCUCGAAGCUAAGAGAAAUCAUUGGCCUCAACAAAUUGUUCUUGGCAUCUAUACAGAUCGAGGGCUGCGGAUCUAUGAGAAAUAUUGAUGAACUGAAGAAGAGAUGCGUGGGGGGACGCUUCGAUGGAUUAGAAGUUGAGAACAACGCUGAUUGAUGAGAAAAAAAAAAAAAGGUGUCUGCCGGCAAUUCCUCACCUCACCUAAAAACAAGAAUAUCAUGAAUAGCAGCAAUGGCGGGGCUGCAGAGAUCUGCAGUGUCUUUCAGGAGGCAGGCUCCUCAUUCCUCAGGCCUUGUGUGGGACGACAGGUUCCUCUUGGGGAAGCUCAACCAAGUGAACAAUGAAGCCGACAACGAGGCCAACAAGCCGAAAGAUCCUGAUGGCAGGCAAGAACCGCCCCGCGAUUCCGACAAGCUGUCGAGGACUGCCCGCCGUCAUCUUCCCCUGAUCGAGAUGGCGGCCCUGGAGAGGAACCACAACCACAACCACAACCACACUUGACGACCUCUUCUCCCAGAGCACGGAAAUGCUCGACUGUCGAGCGCGACGGUGCAGCUCCGGCAAUUGGGGCCCUUUCUCCGCCGCCAAAACUGCCUCCUCUUUCCUUCCCUCUCGUCGCCUCCUCCUCCCUUGUUUCCUCUGGGAGUGAGCGAGUGAUAGAGUCUCUCUCUCUCUCUCUCUCUCUCUCUCUCUCUGUCUUUUAAUUUCGGGUUUCGGUUCGGGUUUAAACUUUUAAACCCCAAACCGAACUGCCUCUCCAUUAUUCUGAAACUUCUUUUCCUUCAAAGUUGCUCGUAGAUGCUUCUUCAUAGGAUUUUCCAGUCAAGAGCUUACUCUUCUCAUAACUCAAAAACUGUUCCGAUUUGCUUGUGCCAUGUCAGAUAGCAUUUGAUAAGUCAGCUACCACAUUUUAAAAUAAAGUUGAUUGCAACAAAUUGGAAGGUUU